UUUACUUCAGUCAGAUUCUUGUUGCAGCUCCAAUAAACAACAGCAAAAGAAUGAGGUUUCUAGUAUUGUGUGCUCUAUUUGGUUUGGCUGCAGCUGCCACUACAAAAUACGAUGGUUUCAAAGUCUUAAGAGCAUAUCCAACAACUCAUAAGCAAUUAAUUAAAUUACAAAGAUGGGAGCGUUUGGAUGAAAGGUUGGAUUUCUGGACCAGUCCCGUAAGAAUUGGCAGUCAAGUCGACAUUAUGGUCAGCAAAUCGCUUGUUAGAACCAUCAGCUAUAAAUUGAAAAAGUCGAAAAUUCCAUUUAUAAUUGCUGUUGACGAUGUUCAAAAGUGAGUUCAAACACCGAAUUUCUUUAUGGAUAAUAAAAAAAAAUAGGAUAAGAUAAGAAGAAGAAAAGAGUUUUGAUAUUUUUCGUAUUGUUGAUUCUAAUUGUUUCUUUUGCAGAUUAAUUGAUGAAAAUGGAGGCAAUUCGAAAACCGAUUCUUCAAGAGUAGACUUUAAUGAAUACAAUAGAUUUGACGCGAUUAACACUUUUCUCCAAAAUACUGCUAACUCAUGCAAUAAUUGCGAGCUACUUGACAUUGGAACAAGUUAUGAAGGUCGUGAAAUGAAAGUCAUUAAAAUUGGAGCCGGAACUAAUAAACCCGGUCUCUUCUUCGAAUGCGGCAUCCACGCCAGAGAAUGGAUCUCUCCUGCCGUUUGUAUCAACGUCAUUAACAAGUUGGCUACCGAAUACGACAGUAACAGCCAAGUAAAGGAAAUGUUAGAUAGAUACGACUGGUUCUUUUCUCCCGUUAGCAACCCUGAUGGAUACGAAUACACCCACACCGAUACGAGACUUUGGAGAAAAACCAGAAGCGAAAAUUCUGGCAGUAGUUGCAGAGGAGUCGAUCCAAACAGAAAUUGGGGAUAUAGAUGGGGAGAAUCUGGUUCUAGUACGAAUCCCUGCUCUGAUAUUUUUAUGGGUCCAAGCGCUUUUAGUGAAAAGGAAACUGCCAAUAUUAGAGAUUUUGUUUUACAAAGAGCCAGCAGAAUAAGAAUGUACAUGUCCGUACACAGUUUUGGUCAAUAUUUCCUUAUUCCAUGGAGCUAUGCUACCGAAUACCCGGAAGAUUUCGAUGAUUUACAAGAAGCUGGUGACGUUGGAGCCAACGCCCUCCGUGAAGUCCACGGAGUGACCUACACAGUUGGUCACUCUGCAGUUUUAUUGGGAGCAACUGCCGGAUCUUCUGACGAUUGGGCCAAGGGAGGAGCUAACAUCAAGUUUGCCUACACGUUGGAGUUGAGAGAUAGAGGCUUUUACGGUUUUCUUUUACCAAAAGACCAAAUUCAGCCAACUUUCGAAGAAGUAUGGGCUGCUUUGUACGCUAUGCAUAAUCACUUUAAUACAAAUUGGCCAAUGUAAACUAGAAUCAAUUUAAUAAUAAUAAAUAUGUUUUAUUUAAUCAAAUCACAAAUAGAUGAUUGUUUAAUAGAUUAAUUAAUUAAAUUAACGGAAUUAUUAUGUUAUUGAAAGAUUCUUUGACUCAGAAAAAGAGAGAGAGAGAGAGGAAGAGAGGGAGAGAUAUGGAAUGAUAUAUAUAUAUAUCAUAUACAGACACAUGAAAGAUUACUGUUUUAAUAAUACUUUAUUUUUUCCUGACGCACUGUCCGUUGUUAUGGCGAUUAAAAUAUCUAAAAAAAAAGAAAAAGGAAAAGCAGUUUACGUGGUUUGCUAACUAUAAAUAAUUUGCGAAUAAGUCUGUCCUCUAAUCUCCAUUAUUCUAAAUAUACAUUACGUAUUAUUAAUUGUUCAUACAAAAAUUCUGUUGUAUAGUUAGGCUAAGGCUGUGCUGCGCAUUUACGCUCUUCUUCUUCGAGUACGU